AGGCGGUUGCCUUAGAGGAGCCCUCUGGCUGUGUGCGUCCUAGGAGCCGCCGCCGCCGGAGCUGCGGACGGUUUCUCUCAGCCCGUUAGUGCGCCCGGCCGAGACUUCCCGCCGCCGGCAUGUCGCGCUACUUGCGUCCCCCGAACACGUCUCUGUUCGUCAGGAAUGUGGCGGACGACACCAGGUCUGAAGAUUUGCGGCGUGAAUUUGGUCGUUAUGGUCCUAUAGUUGAUGUGUAUGUUCCACUUGAUUUCUACACUCGACGUCCAAGAGGAUUUGCUUAUGUUCAAUUUGAGGAUGUUCGUGAUGCUGAAGAUGCUUUACAUAAUUUGGACAGAAAGUGGAUUUGUGGACGUCAAAUUGAAAUACAAUUUGCACAGGGAGAUCGGAAGACACCAAAUCAAAUGAAAGCCAAGGAAGGGAGGAAUGUGUACAGCUCUUCACGUUAUGAUGACUAUGACAGAUACAGACGUUCUAGAAGCCGAAGUUAUGAGCGGAGGAGAUCAAGAAGUCGGUCUUUUGAUUACAACUAUAGAAGAUCUUACAGUCCUAGAAACAGUAGACCGACUGGAAGACCACGGCGUAGCAGAAGCCAUUCCGACAAUGAUAGAUUCAAACACCGAAAUCGAUCUUUUUCAAGAUCUAAAUCCAAUUCAAGAUCACGGUCCAAGUCCCAGCCCAAGAAAGAAAUGAAGGCUAAAUCUCGUUCUAGGUCUGCAUCUCACACCAAAACUAGAAGCACCUCUAAAACAGAUUCCAAAACACAUUAUAAGUCUGGCUCAAGAUAUGAAAAGGAAUCAAGGAAAAAAGAACCACCUAGAUCCAAAUCUCAGUCAAGAUCACAGUCUAGGUCUAGGUCAAAAUCUAGAUCAAGGUCGUGGACUAGUCCUAAGUCCAGUGGCCACUGAUAGUAUAAACCAUGAUACUUUCUAGGCAUGUAUCACUCAUUUAUUCAUAGUUUGGUAUACUUAAAUUAUCAGGAAUACAAUGUUGCAAUGAUGCAUAAAAACACUUGUUAGUUUUCCCUGUACCAGGCAAUGGUUAUAAUUAAAAUGAUAUGGUGUUGAGAAGCCACUCUUAAGAGUCUGGUUUGUUUAAUGUUAUGGGCAGCUACCAAUUUGUGGUGUCUCUGUAUAUUUUUGUAAAGAUUCUCAUUUUUUAUGCUUGAAGUCUUGGUGAAAAGAUGUUGGUUGACCAUAGUUUGCAACAUUGUCUUAUUAAAAUAAAUUUUCAUAGUAAUAUUUGGUAGAACUGUUAACCUAGAAAUGUAGCUUGCUAAUAAGAUAGAAUGAUACAAAAGUGAGGUUGUAGCCACAUUACAACACUUACUGCUCAGACACAUUUAGGUUCAGGGUGGACCUUUAUGUCUUGUCAAAAUGUCUAGCCCUGUGAUAAUAGUUUAUUUAUGAUGCAGUGUGGAAUAGUUCUUUUGUUAAUCCCACUGUUGUGGGGAAUGAUGCCAACUGGGUCAAAUAGCAUUUUCAGGAAAAUUUGAGUUUUUUGCUGAAACAUGGAGCCUUCACUGUUUUGUUUUUUGUUUUUUUUUUUUUCUGGUUUCUAAGAUUUGGAACAGAAGAAUUCCCUUUAAAAUUUGAAUUUGUCAGCAGCAGAAACAAUUUUAAGGGGAAAGGGUUGUUUUUAUUUAGUCUCCAAUUUAAGGAAUAUUGUUACUUAGUUUUCUUACUGCUAUUAGAAGCAUUAGAUAGUUUCAAAGUAGGUUUCUGUGUGUGUGAGUGUGUGUGUGUGUAGUGUGUAAAAAUAACUGAAUUUUAAUGCUUAGAGCACUUGGCACAUGCAUUUGUAUCAAAGUCUGCCUGCCUCUUUAAGGGAGGCUUGCUCUUCACACCUCAGUUUAUUUAAUGUGAGGCAAGUUGAAAGAUACUCGCAUCCUAGCUGAUUCUGUGGUGCCAUGAAACAAAAUAAUUUUGAAAAAAGGAUUAGUUUUAAGCAAGAGCUUCAUCUCUUAGUUUUUGAUUAUCAAUAUAGUAUCUGACUCAAAUGAGGAAAUAAUUCCCUUAACUAUUUAUAAUUUCUAGUCUUUCUCUGAAACAUUUGAGAAAUAAUAAGACUGACUUGAAAUGUCCAGGAUCAUUUCAGAAUAAAAGUUAGCAUCUUUGAAAAUCUCACACUGCUUGUUUGCAGAUAUGAGUAAGAAAUGCCGUGGGGAAAUGAUUUCUUUUGGAAGGUUACUUUUUUAAAUUUUUGGUUUUAGAAGUCUAGGCCCUGCCUGUAUAAGAACAAAGAUGGUUUUUUAAUACUGUUUGUGGAAUGUGUUUAAAGGAUUGAUUCUAGAACCUUUGUAUAUUUGGUAGUGUAUCUAACUUUGAUUUCUUUACUGUUUGCAGUUAAUGUUCAUGUUCUGCUAUGCAAUCAUUUAUAUGCACGUUUCUUUAAUUUUUUUUUAGAUUUUCCUGGAUGUAUAGUUUAAACAACAAAAAAGUCUAUUUAAAACUGUAGCAGUAGUUUGCAGUUCUAGCAAAGAGGAAAGUUGUGGGGUUAAACUUUGUAUUUUCUUUCUUAUAGAAGCUUCUAAAAAGGUAUUUUUAUAUGUUCUUUUUAACAAAUAUUGUGUACAACCUUUAAGACAUCAAUGUUUGGAUCAAAAACAAGACCCAGCUUAUUUUCUGCUUGCUGUAAAUUAAGCAAACAUGCUAUAAUAAAAACAAAAUGAAGGAAA